AUGGACUUCUCCAGCCUGAAAGAUCAGGUCAGCAACCUGACUUUGUAUGACCUUAAAGCAGGUGUUCGCAAGGUGCAAAAUGCCGUAAUGAACUAUACUGAAAUAGAAGCCAAGGUCCGGGAAGCCACAAACAAUGAACCAUGGGGUGCUUCGACCACGUUGAUGCAGGAGAUUGCCAAUGCCACUAAUAGCUACCAAUUGCUCAAUGAAAUUAUGCCCAUGAUCUACAAGCGGUUCACCGAUAAGGCGGCGGAGGAGUGGCGACAGAUCUACAAGGGUCUCCAGCUUCUUGAAUUUUUGAUCAAGAAUGGAUCGGAGCGAGUGGUGGAUGACGCAAGAUCUCACAUGUCCCUUCUGCGGAUGCUUCGGCAAUUCCACUAUAUUGAUAUGAAUGGUAAGGACCAGGGUAUCAAUGUGCGCAACCGGUCUUCAGAACUAGUGAAAUUGCUGGGCGACGUGGACCAGAUUCGCACGGAGCGCAAAAAGGCCCGGUCCAACCGUAACAAGUUCAGUGGAUUCGAAGGUGGCAUGAAUGUCGGCGGGAUGUCUUCUGGAAGCUCUGGCCGCUAUGGUGGUUUUGGAAGCGAUUCCAUGGGUUAUGGUGGAUACAGCGGGGGUGUUUACGGCGAUGGUGGUGGCUUUGGCGGCGCUACUAGUGAUUUCCAAGACACCGGGAACAAGGCCAACCGAUUCGAUGAAUACGACGAGUAUGACGAGGGGGAUGCCAGCCCCCAGCGACGUGAAACUUCUGCUACUACUAGCACCAAGCGGGCACCACCGAAGAAGCCAGAGCCAGCCCCCGCACCCGUGGCAGACCUGUUCGAUUUCGGUGACGAUGAGCCCGUGACAACCACUUCCUCAACUGCUGCUGGCAAGCAGCCUGCCGGAAGUGCCUUGAAUAUGCUGGACAACACCGCCGACGAUGACGAAUUCGAUGAUUUCCAGUCCGCAACUCCAGCCCCAGCACCAGCUGCUUCGAACUUCUCCAUCCCAGCUCCCGUCUCCGCGAGCACAACCUCCAGCACCCAAUUCGUAGCGCCCCAACCAGUGUCAGCGUCCCAGGGUGCCAACAUCAAUGGCAUUGUAGGCUUCACCUCGGCAACCCCCACCCCGACUCACAGCGCGCUCACCUCUCCUGUUUCGCAGUCCGCUUCAAUGCAGCAGCAACAGCUCCCCAAACCCACGGGUUUCCAAGCUGCAACCCCCAACUACUUCACCUCCGUUUCAACAAACCAACCCUCGCAACCCUUCUCGCAUACCGCCACGUCUUCCAUCUCUUCCAACAAGGCCCCCGCAAGCAAGCCAGCCGCCAAGCCAUCCGGAGACGCCUUCGGUUCCCUCUGGUCCACUGCCAGCGCCAGCGCAGGUAUCAGCAAGUCCAACGCAAACGCAAACAAGGGCCCCAACCUCGCCAGUAUGGCUAAAGAGAAAGCCAGCGCUGGUAUCUGGGGCGCAAACGCUACGUCUUCAUCGCCUGCUCCAUCUCAGCCUAAACAGGGCGGCUCGGCCUUCGAUGACCUGCUCGGUUGA